AAUUCAGAGCUGGUCGAUGAUGUAGUUUCUUUGUUUAAAGGAUAUCUUGAAACUAAACUCGAGGCACAAGGCAAACUUUUCGAAGGUCAGUCAAAAAUACAGAGGUCCGCCUCGGAAUUCAAAUUCAGUAACAGGAAACAAUUCGAGGUAAUUAACGCCAAGCUAGAAUGUCUUUUCUCGGCCAGAAUUAAGGCUAGCGCUGACAACCCAAGUCAGGUAAAUACCUAGGUACAGGAAGCUCAGCAGAUUAUUCACAAGAGGCAGAAAUUAAUAAAUAUUGCGGACUGCAGCAAGGACGGUUGGUUGGGUGUUCAAGAAUAUUAG